GAUGAUUAUUGGCAUCACUGGCAGGAUGUUUUUGCUGGAGGUCUUUUAGGGACAACAGUUGCAACAUUUUGUUACUUGCAAUUCUUUCCACCACCUUAUGAUGUUGAUGGCUGGGGACCUCACGCAUAUUUUCAGAUGCUGUCAGAGUCUCAAGGUGACACUCAGCCAAACAAUACCAAUAGUGUAAGAGUCAAUCGAUCAGAGCUUGAGAGUGUGCUUGUUGGUUCUCAUCACGACAUGGAAAUUGGCAGAGGGAAUGCCUUUGAAACUAGCCACAUUGUAGAAGGGACAAGAGGUGGAAGGGGAUACUGACACUCUACAUCUUAGCGGUACAGAUAGACCUAGUCAACAGGUCAAAUCAGAUGGGUUCGGCUUGGGUCUACUAGAAUAAACAUAAUGAAUGUAUGUCCAUAGUCUUCUUAAUUUUGUGUAUAGAGCAUUCUCUCUACGGAGGUAGGUAGGUAUUCUCGCCUGUUUUCCUACUGAUCAAGCUUGAACAACCAUUUCUUUAGUUUUAUUAGUUAUUAUUCAUUACCAGAUUUUGCUCAGUGUGUUUCUUCCAAUCCCAUUUGGCUGUAGUAAUACUAUAGCACAUGAUCUAGUGGUAGAUUUAUGUACUCUAGCGCCCUAGUCUUUAUGUACCAAAAAGUAGUAAUGUACAGACACAAGUGUUUUGUCUACACUUUCCAGUUUCAGAUCAACUAAGCUUGGAGUUGUAUUAUUCAUCGUGCGGUGGUCACAAUUCUGAAUUCUACAAGACUGUUUCCUAAUGAAUGGUGAGUUGCAAA